CAGUCACUUCGUGCUCCUGUGUGUGUUGACGUCUUCGGCAGCUGGUUGACUGACGCACCUCCACCUCUUCAGGCGAAGCGGGAGGUUGACGCUGCGCCAGAUCGUGAAUGUGUCUUCAUCGUGUGUGUUUGAGCUGUUUGUUUAAGGCCUCAGGGGGUGGAUGGUGAUCAAGAGGUGGGACGUUCUUUGACCACAGAUGUUAUUCAGCUGAUGCCGAAUCUGAGGAUCGUCCCACUCAGCCAUGGGUCGUCUCUGGAUUCAGUCAUGGACCGUAACACUGUGUGUGCUCCUGAGCUGGGUGUGCUUUGGUCAGAUAGAGGCAGGACCGCAGUACAUGGUCGCCAUACCUGCGGUUCUUGAAGCGGGAGCCACAAACAGAUUCUGCAUCAACCUCAUGCAGCCCAACGAGACUCUGCAGAUGAGAGUCACUCUACAGUCACAUGAGAAAAACACCACCCUCUUCUUAGAUACAACGGACAUUGAUUAUCAGAAAUGUGUCGACUUCAAGGCUCCUGUAGUGGCGGACGAGGCGGUGAAAAUGUUGGAGACUGUGGUCCAGGGAAAAACCUUUUACUCCAGAGAAGUGAGGAAAGUCAAGAUCAAAUCAUACAAACCUGUGACGUUCAUCCAGACGGACAAGCCGCUGUACCUCCCUGGACAGACAGUGCAUUUCCGAGUUGUCUCCAUGGACAUCAGGUUUAGAGCAGCCAAAGAAAUGUACAGCAUCAUCGAACUGGAGGACUCCAACCGCAACCGCAUUGGCCAGUGGCUGAACCAAACUGCAAGCGGCACAAUACUGCAGCUCUCACACGCCUUGAACUCUGAGGCACGUGAAGGUUUCUACCGUCUAGUUGUGAGUACUGCUGACGGGCAGAGAGCAGAACGCAGUUUCAAGGUGGAAAAAUAUGUUCUGCCUAAAUUUGACGUAACAUUAAAAGGAGCCGAUAAAGUCACCAUCGUUCAGGACAGCUUCAGCCUUGAUGUUUGUGGGAAGUACACAUAUGGACAACCAGUGCCUGGAUCUGCCACGGUGAAAGUGUGUCGCCCUCUGAACCGUUACAUCUAUUCCAGUUACGAUUCAGACGUACCCCAUGACAUAUCUCCACCAUGCCACGAGGAGACAAAGCAGACUGACAAGACUGGCUGCACUUCUUUUACCUUGCAAAUGUCAACGUUCUUCAAACUGGACCAGAAGGCUGUUCAAGACUUUUUUGACAUCAGUGCCAAGCUAGAGGAAGAGGGAACAGAAAUUUCCCGGGAAACAGGCAAAAGAUUAACAAUCUCUUACGCCAUCGGACAGUUGUCUUUUAUUGACACGCCCAAGAUUUUCCACCAGGGGUCACCCGUUGAGGGAAAAGUAAAGGGUGUCUACUACAACAAUGCCCCCAUGGCCAACGUGCCCUUGUACUUGUUUGAGGGUGAAAGGUGGUCUUCACGCCAUCUCCAGAAUCUCACGACUGACCACGAUGGUGUCGCCUCCUUCUCCAUCAGCACAGACGACCGCAAACAGGACUUGCACCUCCAUGUCAGCAGCACACCGUUUCUGGACUAUCAUGGUCGCCGAGUUCCAUUCUAUGAGUCAGGAGAACAAACUGUGUCCAUGUUUCGAUCACCUUCCAUGGACACAAAGUCUGUGAGUUCUCUGGAGGUUCAGAAGAAGAAAGACGAUAUUCCGUGUGACCAGGACACAGAAAUCUCCGUCCACUACACCAUCGCUGGAGAAGCACAAGGCUCUGCGACUCUUGUAUUCCUGGUGUUAGCCAGAGGAGCCAUUGUCAUGCAAGGAGCUAAGGCGAUUAAGAUUCCAAGUGCACCAGUGGUUAAGGGUGAGAUAACUUUCCCGCUGAGCGUGACUGCAGACAUGGCCCCUGUCGUCCAAGUUGUGGCUUAUACGGUGCUUCCCAGUGAGACGGUGAUAGCUGACAGUGAAGACUUCUCCACACAGAAAUGCUUCAAUAACAAGGUGUCCCUGGACUUCACCAUGGUUUCACCUUUACCUGGAGAGCAGGGCAGCCUGCAAAUGAAGGCCCAACCCCACUCACUCUGUGGUGUGAGCGCUGUUGACCAGAGCGUCCUCAUCAAAAGACCCGGGCAGACUUUGGAUGCAACCAAGAUCUUCAACUUGCUGCCUCUCACCAAAGCAAGCCAAGUUCCUUAUGAUGUUCAAGACUCUGUGGCCUGUCUGCCAGUGAGACCAAAGCGAUCCAUCAUGCCUUACCCUGGCCGAGACCAAGAUGAUGCUUUCACAGCAUUCCAGAAUGUUGGUCUGAAGAUAGCAACGAAUUUGUUUAUCAGAAUUCCACCUUGUCUGUUAUUUAAAGGACGAGAGUAUCACCAUGGUUAUGGUAUUCAAUAUGGAUACUAUGCCCCAGAGUUAGCCAGACUGCAAAAUAUGGACAUGGGUGGAUUUGGUACAAGAGGUUUGGCUGGAAGUCCCCCACCAAUCGAGACUGUCCGUACUUUCUUCCCCGAGACGUGGCUUUGGGACCUGGUGGAAGUUGGAGAGUCCGGUAGCACAGACGUUCCAGUGACAGUCCCAGACACCAUCACCACGUGGGAGACAGAGGCUUUCUGCUUGUCACCUGAGGGUUUCGGCCUGGCUCCUCGCGAAAAGUUGACCGUGUUCCAGCCUUUCUUUGUGGAGCUCUCUCUGCCCUACUCCAUCAUCCGAGGAGAAAACUUCGACCUGAAGGCCACCAUCUUCAACUACAUGGAUAGUUGCAUCAUGAUUGGUGCAUAUCCUUCACCUUCAACGGAAUACACAGUCACUCCAUACUCUGGUGUGGAGUACACGUCCUGUCUAUGUGGCAACGAGCGUAAGACUCUCCGCUGGGCUUUCUCCGCACAUUCUUUGGGACCUGUGAACAUCACAGUCACUGCUGAAGCUGUGACUUCCCAUACUUCCUGCAAUAAUGAAAUUGUGAGUGUGCCUGAAAAGGGCCGUAUUGAUGUGGUCACACGGUCCCUCAUUGUUAAGGCUGAGGGAACAGAGAUGACAGAGAACUUCAACUAUCUCCUCUGCCCCAAUGGAGGUGAACUGAAGGAGAAACUGUCUGUUAAACUUCCUGAGAAUGUGAUCGAGGGAUCUGUUCGGGCCAUGGUGUCUGUCCUGGGUGACAUCCUGGGCAGGGCGAUGCAAAACCUGGAUGGUUUGUUGCGGAUGCCAUACGGAUGUGGGGAGCAGAACAUGGCUCUGCUGGCACCAAACAUCUACAUCCUGCAGUACCUGUCAAACACCCAGCAGCUGAAGCCAGACAUCAAGGAAAAAGCCACCAAGUUCCUGACCAGCGGAUACCAGAGGCAACUGAACUACAAGCAUCACAAUGGCGCAUAUAGCACCUUUGGCACUGGAACUGGGAAUACUUGGUUGACUGCAUUUGUGGUGAGAUCUUUCGCCAAAGCAAAGUCUUUCGUCUACAUCGACCCUCAGAAGAUUGAAGAGUCCAAGAAUUGGCUGAAGAGCAUGCAGAAGGAAAAUGGCUGUUUCCAACAGUCUGGAAAACUCUUCAACAACAGGAUGAAGGGUGGAGUGUCUGAUGAAGUGACUCUCAGUGCCUACAUUACUGCUGCUUUCCUGGAGAUAAAUGCCAAAGAGGAUGAGGAGGCUGUGAAGAAGAGCCUCCUGUGCCUGAGGCAGUCCACCCAUGACCACAGCAACACCUACACCACAGCUCUGAUGGCUUACGUCUUCACCUUAGCGGGAGACGUCGAGACUCGCAAUCUGUUGCUCCAACACCUUGACAAGGUCGCUGUCAGGGAGGGUGGUUUCCUCCACUGGGAGCAGGAUGCCACUGACAAAUCAUCCUCUCUGUCUGUGGAGAUAAGCUCCUACGUGCUGCUGGCCAGACUCAGCUCCUCUCCCUCCGCUGAAGAUCUGGGCUACAGCAGCAACAUCGUCAGGUGGCUGACAAGACAGCAGAACUACUAUGGAGGUUUCUCCUCCACACAGGACACAGUGGUGGCCCUGCAGGCUCUGGCUCUCUACUCAACACUGGUUUUCAGUCCUGCUGGCUCCAGUUCUGUCACCUUCCAGUCUCCUGGAGGAGACUUGCUCUUUGAGGUGAACCAGGACAACAAGCUGCUUUACCAGGAGAAGAUGCUGGAACAUUGGUCAGGACAACACAACCUGGUGGUUAAGGGCACAGCCUGUGCGUCUGCCCAGCUUGCUGUCCAUUACAAUGUCCCGACGCCAGUUAUCCCUUCCACCUUGAGAGUUUCAGUUGAAGUCUUGGAUGAGUCCAACUCACUGAGAUCGAAGCUCAAGCUGACUCUGACGUCGCUGUAUAAUGGAGAGCAGAAUUCCACCAACAUGGUGAUCAUCGACAUCAAAUUGCUCUCAGGAUUUUCUCCUGCUCCUGAAACUCUGAAGAAUCUGAGACAGGCUGAUCGGGUGGACCGUGUUGAGCAUGAAGAUGACCAUGUCCUGAUCUACUUGGAGGAGCUGCCCAAAAACAUUCCCAUCCACCACAGCCUGCAAAUCCUACAGGACGUGCCAGUUGAGAACCUGAAGCCAGCAGUCGUGAAGAUCUAUGACUACUACCAGACAAGUGAUGAGUUCACAACAGAGUAUACGUUCAAACAAGGUUAAAUAUCAACGUUCCUCUCCGGUCAUUGCCCUGCUGAACCCACCAGCUGCACUUUAGUGAGUCUAAAGUUUAUUUGUGCAACUCUGCUGUUUAUCUAAACUCUUGUUUGUCUGGGACUUCAUUCUCAAAUAAAAUCAUGCGGAAAAAAUA